UCUAUGUGGCGACUGGUUUGUUUCAUUCGUGGGGACGACGAGCGACGCUGUGUUGCUACACUUUUUUGUCGUCGCAACUCCUGGCAGGCAAGUAGCGUCGUAAUACCAAGAGCCAAGGGUUUCGUGUGCGUUGCGUACUUACUUUUAUGCGUAUGCGUGUGAGACAAGUGCGAAAAGAACUGACUGGGGAAUAACAAGUCAAAUACGAGAAUAGCACUCCCCACUACAGCAAAGCGUAGCAUGGCAUGGUGCAUAGUUUCAGCACAUCAACACAACAGCAGCUGUUUUUCGUCCAACCUUUGAAACUUUGUUUGUUGUUAUUUAGUGUUGGUACGUUUUAACUAAUUCUGCUGCAGCCCCACCCUCGCUGUUCUGCUCAAGUGUGACAUUGUCGACAUGAUUUGGGCACGGAGGUUGAUGUUUUCCACGACUGAUCUCAUUUUUCCUGGAUUUUCUGAUGCCACGAUUGGAAAAGUUGAUCCAAAUAGAAAAGCAUUCCGUGCAGUGAGGGUCAGAUCGUCUUGGAGCCUGCAGGCAAUUUUAUACGCUGAUGCAUUGUUCUUCACAUUCUGGGUCCUCUCAUUUCUAUGCACAUUUGACAUAUCGAUGUCCGUAUUGAAAGAAUUACACGGAAACUUGAUCGUUUGUAUGACCGCACUUUUCAUCAUUGUGAACGUGCCACGGUUAAUGUUUGGAUUCAGAGGAAAUGGACGGGACAAACUGGAGUUGCUGGCAUUGUUUUGGAUGACCACGUUCAUUGUUCAAGCACCUCUGUUGGGAUUUAUCCUCUUUACGGACAUAUUCACUCCAGUACUUCGUGCAUUUACCACGGCGAUGGACUCAUGCAUGAUGAUCCUCAUCAUUCUGGAAUUUUUAUUUGGAACUUACCACUUGAAAAACUUGGUAAACGACGAGCUAAGAAUAAUAAAGCUUGCUAAACUAACGGAACGAUCCCCACCAUCACAACCUCGCCAUGAAGAAAAUGCAGAACCACUCGAACUUCCGGUUCCUCUCCGAAAUCCGGGAGAUUUGGAAGUACCUCCUCGCAAUAAUGAAUAUUAUGAUGACGAUGAUGACAGUGACGAUUGGUCUAGCGACGGAGAAACUGAUGACUACAGGCGUAAAUUUUUGGAGACAAAAGAGGAUACCAAGGUGGAUUACAGAGUCAACAUUCGACGUUUAACGCCUGAGAGAGAACCUGCAGAGCCAGCAGAUGAAAGUGUGUUCACUGCAGACGAAGAAGAAGAAGAUAACGAUGAUGAUUCGAACGUCGUGACUUCAACGUCGGAUGCAGUACGCCAAAGAUCUACCCGAGUUAGUUAAAAUGUGUGUAUAUAGUUUAUUACCGUACGUAUAUUCCUUUUUUGUUGUAAAUAAUCCACCUCAACUGAAGCUCUCUUUAAAUUUUUAAGUAAUUGAUUGCUAAUGUCGAUAUUAAGUAUGCAUUGUUUGUACAAAGCGUCAUUUUAUACACGAGUAAUUUUACUGUACUCAUUGAUUUUACUGAUAUCAAUGAAUCAUUAUGAUUCAAUCAUAUAUUCAAAUUUUUAGUACAAUGUAUGUUUUCGGGUAUGUUGUUGAAUCUCAUUAUUAUACUGUUUUAUACUAUUAUUGACUUAUUAUUAUUAUUACGACACAAACUCUAUUCAAAAGUCUUUCAUUUUGAUUGUACUGUGUAAUGACAAUUAUACGAUGAAUUACUGUACAUAUGUAUUUUAACAAUACUUGUAAAAAAGCAAAUCAAAUGGUACAAAUCUAUACCGAUCCCGAUAUUGUCUGGGCGGAGGAGCUAUUCAAGAUGAAAACAGUAAUAAAGUCAAACCAACCUUGCACAAUAA